UGUGCACGUGUAAGAGAGUUCAACAGCAAGCCUCCUCCUGUAGUCACCAUAGAGCCCAAGAUUGUCAGUACUUGUACACCAAACACCACAGCGGAAACCGGAGAAGACAACCACUGAUGACCUGCCGAAAAAGUAUUACAGAACUAUAAUGACUGUUAAAAAAGCAGCAGAGUCUUCUCAGGGGACCACGUCCGACGAAACGGAAGCGAAAAAGCAAAUCGAGAUCCAGUCAGCGUGUCAGUGGGGCAAGGAUCGCAAAAUGGUGCUGGAAACUUUAUGUCGACGCAUGAAUCAGAAUAGGCUGUGUCAGAGCUUCUGCAUAGGACCUUACUGCGUCCGCCCGGUCGCCAAGAUCUUCAUGCGGAAGCCCAGUGGCUCCAUCGUCACCUACAGGGUGCACAUCAGUAAACCAUCAAAAGCCAGUGAUAAUGAUGAAGAUGAAUUUGAUGACAGUGAUGAGGAAAGGCAUGCCAAUAAAAGCCUUGAUGGGGACAUUGAUCCAGAAGACGAAGAUGGCCAAAUUGAAGAGCCAGAGAUGCAGUUUGGAGUCACACCCUUCUUGAGUGGAGUGUUACCUGCCGGCAGACUGAGAGCCAGGACUAAACCUGUUGGUUGCUUAGCAUAUGGACUUAUACAGGUAAAUGGCAAAUCAUACAAUCAGGCCAGACUGUUGCUUGGGAACAUGGGGUCUUUACAUCCAGCCAACCGCCUUGCAGCAUACGUCACAGGCCGGCUGCAUGCGCCUGCCGACAUUUCUCAUAAGAACUCUCAGAAAUCAGACCCUACAAACAAAAUCAACACUCCUGGUCCCCUGCACAUAAAGGCUGCUGGCUCAGUAGUCCCUGCAAUUAUAACUGCAAGGAAAACCACUGAGCUGAAGACACCAACACAGCCACCAGUUCAGCUACCCCAGCCAGACUCUUGGAGAAAGGGAUCCAUCAAUUUACCACAGCAUUCACAAAACCACUCGACCAUCAACCCUGUCCAGACAUUUGCCUCGGGCCAACGCAGCUCUGUCAGCCUCUUCCAGAACAGCUCUACGCCCUCACCCGUCUCUCUCACCGUCUCGCAAUCCCUGAAAACCCCCAGCUUCUUAGGACAGAGUGGCACCUAUUCAUUCAGAAUCUGCCCUCCAGCCAACCAUGGCACCAGAGACCAGAACCUACCAGGAGUCACCCUGCCUGGGGGCUUCACCCUCAUUCAGCUCCCUAAGCCUGGAGCUAACGGAGCUGUGCAACAAUCCAAAUCUGAGAACGUUACAAACAUGACCGGAGUCCAUAAAGCCCCACCACCAAAAGAGCCUUUGUUUUAUUUUGGAAACUUAGCAGCUGAUUCACCUGCAAACUUGCUUGGUUUGCACACAUUUAUGAGAGCUAAGGAACUAUUAAGCAGCAAGUCGCUGGAACCUAGAUCCUUCUCUGAGCUGAUGUGUGAUGAAAAGAUGCCCACAGAGGAGACUGAUGAAGCUAACAACAGUCAGAUGGAAUCAAACCUGGACAUUGCUUCAGAGGAUUUAAGCUCCGACUCCUCAGACUACGGUGGAGAGGGGGAUGAAGAUGAGGAGAUAGUGGACAUUGAGACUGUAGAAGAAGUAGGACAAGGAAAAGCCAUCGCUAUACUGAAAGAAGCUGUGAGAACAGCAUUACAGGAGUCACGGGAUUCCAGUGAUGAUUUGGGAUCAGCAAGGGAACUCUGUGUCCAGGAUGAAACUGGUGACAAACAUGGCGAGUCCAUAGAUAAACGGAGGCGGAAGAACCACUCAGUGCUAGAAAGGCAAAGACGCAGUGAGCAGAAGACCCUCUUCAUCAAACUCCGUAACGUCCUUAAGAGUGACCCCCGGGCCCCCAGGCUGAUCCUCCUCUCCCUGGCCAAUAAAGAAAUCCAGAAUCUGGUUGAGUCCUCUAAACGUCUGGAGGAGACGAAGAGGAGGCUGACUCAGAUGCAGUCUUUGUAUGUGAAGGAGCUUUCUCUUUUGUCUGGGAAGUCCGAUACGCUGAUCAAACACAAGCUGAAGGAGAUCUGCGACAGGCAGAAAAUGAGAGAAAAGACGAUGAAAUGGAAGCCCUUCUUUUCCAAUCUACUCCAGUCCAGAGCUGCUUUACUGCAAGCCAUUACUCCUCAGUCCAAUCUCCAGCCCACACCCCUGUUACAGCCUGACUUCAACAUGGCUCCAUCUCUGGCGAACCCACACACAGCUGCAGCCCAGAACAGUAUAGACAAGACUCCCAAGCCCACGCCACAGUCUCGGCUUCAGGCAGUGUUCUCCUCUCCAGCCCAGGCUGAGGUCACUGCACCCUCACCACAGGCAGCAAACCAGCCAGUUGAACCUGCUGCCUCAGUCCAACAUGAGCCUAUGUUCGGGGGCCAACAGAAGAUACCUGGAGCCUCAGCCCAGUUCAGUAUGUCCAAUUCCCAAAAUGAGGAUGGAGCCUCACCUACAUCCUCCACACUUAAUUCCAACCCUUCACAGCCUUUCACUCUUCCUCUAAUUCGCUCAAAGACCGGCAGAAUCAUACUUCCCUCAUCUCUGAGACCAAUUGGUCAAGGCUUCUAUACACUCAUGGUCUUGAAUCCCAAGCAGAAGGAAGAAGAAGGAGAGGUUAAUAUGCAACCUUCUGAUGCCGACUCGUCCAAGAAAAGAGAGAAGAACUUAUCUGAAUCUGUGCACCCCUCGAGUUCGAAAAACAGUUGUGUUUUGGAGGACAAAACUGUACAAUCCUCAAACUCUGAAUCAAAGCGUUCAGGUGUAAACCCCCCCCUGGCUGAGCUCGCCCUCCUUAACAAAUCAAUCUUUGGGCCUGGGUCGGCUCCGCAAAGCUGUGGAGAACAGCCAGGAGUGCGGCGCAGGGGUGGGCGUGCACAAAACACGGGCAGCUGCCAGCUUGAGUUUUAACCGUGUGGGUCAGAUUCCUACUUCUGUUAAGCCGGAACCUGAUCAGAGCCCUCCUGUAGUCCGCCGGAGCAGAGGCAGGCCUCGAAAGCAGCCAGUUACCCCCGUUAGUGAAAAUGUAAAACAUACCGUGGUGGAAGACACCAGUAAAGGCGUCAGUAAAAGUGUAACAUCUAUUCUGGUUAGAAAAAGACGAAGUGAAAAGAUUGCUUUGGAGGUGACUAAGACACGAGCUGCGAACACCCCAGUAAUGGUUAGAGACAACCCGGUGGCAGCCAAACGAGGCAGAGGAAGGCCUCCGAAGAAUAAGUUGGCAGAACUGUGGAGUCCUCCAAUUAUGCAAGCAGGACGUGGUCCAUCUAAAUCCAACAAGAACAGCCCUCUCAGACUUUCUCACAUUUUUAAAAGCCCUGACACUAGACGCAAGGGAAGUCCUGCAACAACCACCCAGCUUGGAGAUGUGAAUACAUUUCGGCCUUUAACCCGAGGUGCUUUAGGUAAGGACUUCCCCAGUGCCAAGAGACGCUCCUGGAUAGACAUAGAAAAAGAACUGGAACCAGAACUUGAAUCUGAAUCUGAAUCUGAAUAGUUCUCACAUCUUCCUGUUGCUAUAAAAGCCAAUGCGCACAGUCAUGUGACCUCAGUUAGUCUCAGAGCUUGAUGCUGCUCUCUUCUCUGUAUGUUAGCACAACACUCAGUAGACCUUUUUCAUACUAGAGAGAAGCUGUUUUUGGUAUAAAGAAUACACUAGAAAGCAUUAAUUGACCUGCUGAAUGUAUAAAUCAAAUGAAUUAUAACUCCCACAUUCAGUUUCUUUUAUAACUUCCUCCUCCAUUCAUGUUUACUUAUUGUCAGAGCAGGAUAUUGAGAUUUAUUCAAACCAUGUUUUUUGUUGAAGUGAUUAAUUACUGAUCUGUCUUAUGCAAAUGGGAAAUGAACUUGUUCAGAUUGUGUAAAUCCAAUAUAUUAAGCCUUACAGUGUAUAAAUAUCUGUAUCCUGAAUAGGAGCAGACGCAAUACACUGCUUCAUUAACUCUUUAAAAUGUUAUCUUGUCUUUUUUUAUUGAGUGAUAGUCUGAUGCAUUCUGCCCUCUGAAAUGUGUGUUUUCUGUUAUUAACUCAUUGAAAAUCAGCUGUAGUAGCACUUUAUGUAUUCGGUAGAAACCACCCGUGAUGUCUUUGCUUUAGUAACAGUAGUGAUCUGCACUCUAGGGAGUUAAUAUGCAUAUACACCUGAUGUGUCACAAGCAAUCAAGAUAAAAACUAUUAGCCAUAUAUUAUAUCUAUCUAUCUUAUGAAAAUAACCUCUGUAAAUAUUGAAUUUCUUUUUUAAUUUCACUACAUUUGUUUACUUUGUGGAUGAUUUUGAAACACUGGUUGUCCUGUUACUUCAGUUUAAUUGAAAAUGUGAAAAAUCAUGUGGCCUUUAAAAUCAAUAAAAAAACUACAUGUA